AUGUACAGCAUCCGCGGAUCAUCGGUUCGUUGCGCUUCUGUCCGUCCCAUAUUUCAAAGAGAUGUGCACUGGGCAUCACAUCCGACGAUUAAAAGUGUGGCCUGGAAUGAUGGUGGUAAUCAAACACCUUCAUCAUCAACAUCACCAACAACAUUGCAUAGAGAUAGUACAUUUAAAGAACAAUUAAUUGCACUACUCGGAAAGAAUAUUCUAAUUAAAAAGAGAAAUAGAACAGAAACUAUAGGUGAAAUACUCAUUGGUAUCUACUAUGUAGCUGUAUUGAUCAUUAUCAAGAUGUCUAUACCUGUGCCAAGCUAUGAACCGACUGAAUACUCAUCAUUGCCUAUGAUGUAUCCAAUCAACUCUAGUGCAUCAUCACUUCCAUUUGCCUAUGUACCCGACUCUACUGGUAUUGCAACCAACAUGUUGAAACAAUAUCUUGAACCAAUCAGCGGUAUCAAUCUAAUGGCUUUUGAAAGUGAAACUUCAAUGGUCAAUACCUACUUUGAUAAUCCUCAACAUUACUGGGGUGGUGUAGUAUUCAAUCAAAUAGAUUUGGCUACCGACACUCUAGACUAUAGCAUUCGCUUAAAUACCUCUUAUACUGAUAAUUAUCAAAUAUCUCCUUAUGUUUCAAUUCAAAGUAUCGUCUUGUCUGCUUAUGUUCAAUUGGGAAGUGGAUUAGAAUCAUUGGAAAUAUUUACUCAAACACAAGAAUAUCCUAGUCUUCCAAGGGCAAUAACAUCAACCAUUACCUAUAUCCUUCCAAUCUAUUUCCCAUUGUUCUUUAUGUACUCUUUACAACAACUUAUUGUAUUAUUGGUAACUGAAAAGAAAGAUGGAAUCAAGGAAGGUCUCAAAGUAAUGGGUAUGAAAGAAAGUGCCUAUUGGUUAUCUUACAUUUCUAUUCAAUUGGUUAUGAAUACUACUUUAAUUGUUUUGGCUCUUAUAUUAUGUUUUGUAACUUCUUUAUUCCAUUAUACAUCACCAAUAUUAAUAUUUUUACAAUUCUUUUUAUAUUCAUUGACUGUGAUUGGUAUUGCAUUUUUUGUUUCUGCAUUUAUCAAUGCACCAAAGGUUGCUAGUACGAUUGCAUCACUUAUUGUACUUGUUGGUAUUGGUUUAUCUGCUUUCUACCAAUUCUAUCUAAAGAAUCAUGUACCAAGUAUCAAGUAUCUCCUAUUCUUAUUCUCUCCAUGUGCUUUUGGUGAUUUCUUGACCAAUGUAUCGUUUUUGGAAUCAGAAAAAACUUCAAUUUCAUGGAACUCUGAACAUGUAACUGUAACAUUUGGUUUUAUGAUUUUAGAUUUUAUUAUCUAUUCACUUAUGGCUUGGUAUGCAAUCGAAGUAUUCCCUGGUGAGUAUGGAGCCGGGCGAAGUUGGUUCUUCUUUUUGGAUAGACAUUAUUGGUCACAAUCAAAUGUAGCAAGAACACAAAGACACACCUCUUUAAAUGGUACAGAUAGAGAUCGUCUACUUGAUCCUCAAUCUCACCCAUCUGGUUCUGGUAUUGAAAUAUUUAACCUCAUCAAAGAGUACAAUCACAAAACUGAAAAGGGUAAAAAGGUUAGAGCAGUGGAUGGAGUUACCUACUCGAUUCAAGCAGACAGUGUAUUCUCAUUAUUAGGUCACAAUGGAGCUGGCAAGUCGACUACGAUGGGAAUAUUGACUGGUAUGAUUCCAAUCACAUCUGGAUCAGUCUUUAUCAAUGGUCUCGAUGUAUCUACUCAAAUGGAUCAUAUUCGUAGACAUAUUGGUUUCUGUCCUCAAACUAAUAUGCUUUACAAUCAACUGACAUGUGCUGAACACCUUAGACUAUUUGGAAAAAUUAAAGGUGUUGAACAAAAUCAAUUGGAACAAACAAUCAUUCAAUCACUUGAAGAAGUUCAAUUAUUGGAUAAAAAAGAUAGUAUGUCAUCAUCUCUUAGUGGUGGAAUGAAAAGACGUCUUAGUAUUGCAAUGGCAUUUAUUGGUAAUCCUUCAAUUGUAUUUUUGGAUGAAUGUACAACCGGGCUUGAUGUAUUUGCGAGACAUCAAAUUUGGAAUCUUCUACAACUAAAGAAACCUGGCAAGACUAUUGUAUUGACAACACACUUUAUGGAAGAAGCAGAAUUACUUGGUGAUUGUAUUGGUAUCAUGUCUCAUGGCAAGCUAAGAUGCAAGGGAACUGCAAUGGAACUAAAAACAUUAUUCGAGUUGGGAUACAAAUUUACAGUAACAAUCAAAAAUACCAAUGGUGUCCACAGUCACGAACCUUUUGAAAAAUUCUUUUCACAACAUUUCAAAAAUUCAAAACAUGGAGUAGAAAAUCAAAAUAAUAUUCAAAAGUCCAAUGAAUCAUCGAGUAUUGAAUUAACCUAUUCACUAAGCCAUCAAAAGUCAGAGGAUUUAACCAACUUUUUCGAAGAGUUUGAAAGCAUUCAACAUAAAUUGGGAGUAGAAAGAAUUGGUGUUUCAAAUGCUACUCUUGAAGAAGCCUUUUUGAAAAUUCAAAAUGAAGAUGGUCAUUCCGAUGAAUAG